UUUCGAAACAUGGUUGAGGCGGCGAGAGGCUCGGGGAUAGCGAUCUUUACAGGCAAUUCGCAUCCGACUCUUGCUGAUCUGAUAGUCAAGAAAAUGGGGAACAAACUGAGUGAUUGUGAAGUUAUCACUACAGCACCAGGAGAGACAUUAGUUCAAAUCAAGGAGUCGGUUAGAGGGAAGAAUGUUUUUAUCAUACAAUCAGGAGCAGGCAAUACUUCUCAUAGUACUAAUAAUCAUCAACACCUGGCAAGUAAACACUUCCAUUAUGGAGCUACUGAUUAUGACAUAUGCUUGUAAGACAUCCUGUGCUCUCCAAAUAAUUGCUGUUGUUCCUUACUUACCUUAUUCCAAGCAGUCACGUUUGAGAAAACGAGGUGCCAUUCCUUGUAAGUUACUGGCACAAAUGAUGAAAAGAUCAGGUGUUAAUCAUGUGAUUACAAUGGAUCUUCAUCAGAAGGAAAUUCAAGGGUUUUUUGACUUUCCGAUUGAUAAUCUUCGAGCUUCUCCAUUUCUUCUGCAGUACAUAAGGGAGAAAAUACCUGAUUACUGUAAUGCUGUUGUUGUUGCAAGGCAUCCCGAGACAGCGAAACGAGUGACAUCAUAUGCUGAGCGUCUUGGUUUGGGCAUUGCUGUAAUUCAUGGAAGUCUUACUGAUAGAAGACAUAGUGAAGAAGAUGAUCAACGUCACUCUCCUCCUCCCCCUUCGCGAGAUUCAUCCAUAUCUCCACCACUGCAAUCAAAUAGACGGUCUGUGUCUUACUCCAUUUUCACUUGGGAAGAGAGGUCUCGUGAAUCAGAAAGAUGCUCUGUUGCUGUUCCAGUCAAUGUUGUAGGUGACGUUGGUGGAAGGAUAGCAAUUAUUAUUGAUGAUGAAAUAGAUGAGCUGGAACCGUUUGUUCUUGUUGCAAAAUUGUUGAAAGAUCUUGGUGCCUAUAAGAUUUAUGCAAUGGCAACUCAUGGAACCUUUCCAGAAGAGGCUUUACCUCAAUUGGAGCAAUCACCUAUUGAUGAGAUGGUCAUAACAAAUACCUUGCCAAUUGAAACUUUUGUUGAAAAAUGUUCUAAAAUCAAGAUUGUUGAUGUCAGUUUGAUGUUGGCUGAAGGCAUCAGACGGAUACACAAUGGUGAAUCAAUGUCCUACUUGUUCAGAGAUGUCCCUUUGGGCGACUAAGAGACAUGACUGUUCACAGACGAAUUGCAGAUACAUAUAUAUCUCUGUUUAGUAAGCACUGUAAUUAGGAACGUGAUACUACUAGAGGAAUAAUAGCUAAAUGUUGUAGUAUACCAACAAA